AUGCGAGAGGCAUUCAACAAUAACAGUAAUACGCAGCAGUAGCAGCAAGUAAAUAAGCAAAAGCUACAAAAACUUUAGCCUCAUUAAUAGAAUUAACUUUCUCAAAGAUCAACUUAAGCAGCUCAUUAGAAGACAAAUAGUGUCGGUAGCAAAGUCAUGUCUAUGAACAACUACAAAGUUAUGGGCAUGGAUGAGCAGCAACAUCAGCAGUAUCAUGCAUAAGCAACUUUAAACUCCCAACAAUCUAAUUCAAACAACUAGUUUUAACAGUAAAUGGAUUAGAAGCAUUAUGGUCAGUAGCACUAGCAUGAAGCAUUAUUUAACUAACAGAUUUUGAGCUCUUAAAAUCCAUCAUCAGCAGUUUAGCAUGGCUUUAUUUAAGGAGCCAAAACUCACAAAAAGUCUAAUUCAUUGAUGAAUUCUAAAAUAGCUCAAAUGCUGCUGAAAAACACUCCAAGCACUGGAAAUCACAUCAAUGAGCAGCAACACUAACAGAUCAUAAACAACUAAAAAUCUUAAAAAAGUUAAUAACCCAUACACUAAUAGAUUCAGCAGCAUAACCCUCUGCUUCAGUAAAAACAACUCAACAGCAAUACUCUGUACCAGUAGUAAUAGCAAUAUUUUUAUUAAGCUCAGUUAAUGACCGCUGCUUAGCAAAAUCAGCAGCAACACUAAUAAUAACAGCAUUAGUAGUAAAUUGCUAAUCAAAACGGACUAAUUGACUUCAAGCAUCUGAACAAAAAUGCGUCGAAUAACUUGACUAAUAGCCUAAUAGGAGGGCCAGCUGUUUCCCAUCAAUCUAGCUUUAGCAACUAAGGGAUAGAAAUAGGAAGUGGAUAAUUAAGUGUGGAUUUUUAAUAACAGCCCCAUCUUUUAGAAGAAAAUAUGAGUGAAGAAUUAUUUACUAGAAAUCUCAAUGCACUCAAGCAAAUCUAACAGAUAAGUAAGCAUUAAUCACUCACAAAGCAACAGCAAAAAGCAAUUCACCAGCAGUAGGCUUAGUUAUAGUAAUAGCUUAAUUUAGAUGCUUAUAUUCAGUAAAAUCUUAUGACACUAUAAGAACAGAAAUAAAUUAAUCAACAAUUAAAAAAGCAAAUAACUACAAAAGAUAAUCAGGUUGCAGUUAAAGGAAACAGUGCUCAGAAAAAUGUUAAAAAAGUUGUUCAGUAGCCAGUUAACUAAGGUUACAGUCAUCAUAGGACUAAAUCUGACACCUACAAUAACAGGGGUAGUCUUGGAAAGGGAUAAUAGCCUUCCUCUAUUAAGAAAAAUGCAGCAGGAAGCAAUCAUCAGAAUGUGAAGUAAAUGAUAGAAGCCUUAGAGACUGUUAACAGUAGAUAAAUCGUUAAUGCUAAUGUAGGGGGAACUCAUUAAAAGACGAACAGCAUGAACUUCAUGAUAAACAACACAGUUGAAUCACAAACUGCAAAUCAAAAGAAAAUCGUCAAAAAGGUGCCUAACUCAGCGAGUCACUCUAAAAAGUCUAGUUAUAACAAUCAUACCUUGUAUCAAUAGAUUAAUAGCUCAGGAGCUGGAAUCGUUCCAGGUCUUGGACCGAUGAACUCUAAAAAAACUUAAGCUGAUAAGUACAACGAGUUGAAAGCAAUGUAUGAUGAUUUGCUAGAAAGGCAUUAUGCUUAGUAGAACUAACUCAAUCAGCCUCAGAAUAUGCAGCUCAAAGGUAAGGAUCAAUAUCCUUAGAGAGGCAUUAAUAACAAUUUGAUAAGUUUCUAGAAAGUUAGUAAUUUCAUGAAUAUUCCUUAAUCAGUGACUAUAUAAAGCUAAAAUGAUUAGCAACUAGUGUUUGACUAGAAUUAGAAUUCAAAUACCCCAAGAUUAUCUGGAAUUAACAGUAAAUCAGAUCAGCCAAAGCAUCAAAUACUUUAAAAGAUACAGUUACAAUCAGAAAUUAAUGCCUACCAAAAUGCAAUUCUUGAAGCGAGUAACAAGAAUAUCAUUUAAAUACCUGCAAAACUACUGAAACAAUAGCAAGCGAAGCUAGAAUUAUAGUAAUAAUAAUAGUAAGAGAAGCUUUACCCAAAAACUGCUCUUAAGUUAAACUUGCCUCAAGGACAGUCAAGAAAAAAUGCUGCGGGCAGGCACAAAAGAUCAGUUUCUGAUGGAAAUGAGUAACUUUUUAAGUUUAAGCAGCAAUAAUAAAUGCAAAAGUAUCUUUAUCCAUAGCCUUCCAAUCAAAAUUUUAAAGCACUAAAUGGGGCAAAUGGUUAGCAAUUAACAAUUUAGCCAAAUUUUAUAGACCAGCAUAUAGCUCCACCUAUGAAUUCUGAAGAGACUAUUUAAUCUAAUAGAAACGGUAAGGCUGUCCUAAGUUAGCAGUAAAGUAUUUAGAAUUUGAUUCAAGGACCUACUCCUUAUAUGCAAGCCAAUCAUCAUCGAAGAGUGAGUGAUGACUAUCUUUAAAAACAGAAGAAGUCAUAAUAAUUACUGCAAAACAGCAAUGGUCUAAUCUAGCAAUAGGAUCUAAUGCAUCAAAAUCUGCAGUAUUCAAACAAUCAAUCAAAGAACACUGGGUUGUCGUUUGUUGGGGAGAAUAUCAACUCAGAUGGAUCACAGUAAGACAACUAGAAGCUAAAGACUAUAGACUUUAAUGUAAAAGGCUUCUUGCUUGAAAUGAGAAAUAAACACACUAGUAAUCAUACUGGGGCAUAUGGAGGAGAACACUCUCAGAGUAUGAAUAUAAGAGGACCUAACAAUACUGAACUUAUCAAUAUCAUUGAUGAGCAGUAUUAGCCUUAGUAUUCAUACAUUCCUCCAUCCCCUAGUGAUUUCAAGAACGAACCAAAUAUUCAUAAAAACAAAAUGGCCUUGAAAAAUGGGAAAUAGUUCGCUAUGAUAAUAGAAGAGAAUCAUCAUUAUCAAAAUUCCCCAAUGGAAAUAGUAGAGAAUUUCUACUAAAACGAGCAUGAGUAUAUGAUUCAUGGCUAGUCCUUUGAAGAGCCUAAGAUAAAUACAGUUAAUCUUUUAGAUAGUUAAAGAAAGCACAUCAUUAUAUCUGAUUCUUAGAGCAAUCAGAUGAUGUCUUAAGCCAUAUACAAGGGAAGCAGCAUGGAAUUUAAAAAGAAAAUAAAAAGUGCUAAAAACUAGAGGCUUGACUAAAAACGCUCCUCAUCUCCCAAUAUAAACGAAUUUGACAAGAAGCAAACUAUAUUUGCUCAUAAGAGUAAUCUAGUUUAAGUCUCUCAUAAGAGAAUUAAAUCAGAUAUGCCAGAGAUCCCAAAGAAAUUGUUCCAAGGUGGCAAUAUCGCACCCUAGGUUAAUCAGAAGUAUCAAAUACAAACUAAUAAUAAGAAAGGAGAAGGUGUCUUGAACAACAUCAUCAAAUAGAAAGUAUUGUAAUAGAACAUCUCAUCUUCAAUCAAUCAAAAUAGCUCAUAUAAAAUGGGAAAUGGCAGUGGCUAAAAUAUGUACAUUCACUCUGAAAAGACUACCCCUAAAAAAAUAAUGGGAAAACAAAUAUUGAACUUUGGAUUAGCCCCUGAAUAACUUUAUCAAUAGUAAAAGUAAUUGAGCCAACAAUUUGAGGGCAGUGAAGGUAAAAAAGUUGUGAAUGUAAGUGUAGAUCUAAUGAAAGAUGGAUUCAGCGCUGGAAUGCUAGUUGAUGAAGACUUGCAAGAAAACAUCUCCUUCCUAAAUGACUCAAACAAUGAACCAAACAAUUAUGAUCAAAGUGAUAAAUGGUUGCAGUAGGAGAAUUAUUCAUCUUUAGAGAAACAAAUGAAAAAGCAAGAAAAGGUGGUGUAAAAUCAGCAAUUAGUGAUUAAUAACAUUCCAGCUUAAAACAAACACUAAAAGUUGUUAUAGCAGCAAAAGCAACCUAUAACGAGAGUGACUAAGAAAUCUAUUGUACCUGGAUCAGCUGGUAUAGUCAUUUAAGGCCAGCCAUAAAGCAAAGUUGCUCUCAGUGGUGGCAAUGAACUUGUUCAGAGGCAUGAAAAAUAUAAGAAAAUGAUUUUGAAGUAUGAUAACAAUGUGGAUAAUUAGAAUAGUGGUUCUAAGUCUAAUCGAAAGCAUACGUAUGACGCUGGCAAUAGCAUGGGAAACAGCAGUUGUCUUUCACCAAGUGGUAUAGCUUUGCAUUCAUCGCCUAAGAACAGACUUUCUAUCAUUGAUAAAAAUGGAGACUAUAGAAAGUAGAAGUCAACUAAACUUAUAUCUCAGGGCAGUCCAAAGAACUUGAUUAUGGGCAUGCAGUAUCAAAAGCAGCAAGUCAAGAUUCAAAAUCUGAUGCAGCCAAUGAACUCAAAGUAAACUACUGAUAAAGAUUUAGACAAUGCAAAUAUCUCUGAAAGAAGUUCUAGAGUAGUAUAGUCAAAGAAAUCAGAUCACAAUCCUCCGAAUAACUCUGUGGUCUAGACUUAAGAGACUCCUAGAAGCUCAAUCGUCAUUCAAGCCAACUUAAUAAUUCCCCAAAACAUAGGAGAAAGAGUGGACACUCAGGAUUCCACAAUCUCAGACCCAAAUUUAUCACCAAGAACAAGAGGAGUUAAUAAGCUCAUCAAGCAUAUCAAAUUAUCCUUCAGAUCAACUGCUUUGCCUCCUAACACCACUGUAGAUUUCUAUCGAAUCGGAAAAGUUCUAGGCAAAGGUGCAUUUGGUAAGGUCAAUCUAGCUCUACAUAAGUUAAGUGGUAAAUUUGCUGCAGUCAAGUCAAUCAAUAAGUAAUACUUGAGCGAGGAAGCCUAGACAAAGAAGGUGAUGCAAGAAGUGGUUAUACUUAAGAGAACUAGACACCGCAAUAUAGUCAGACUUUAUGAGUUCUUCGAGACUUAGAAGCAUAUACUAUUUGUCAUUGAACUAUGUGCUGGAGGGGACUUAUUGAAUUAUGUAAGGAGGCGUAGAAGACUCAAGGAAGAUGUAGCCAAGUGUAUAUUCAAAUAGAUUAUUGAAGGACUUGGCUACUGCCAUUCAAAGUCCAUUCUUCAUAGAGAUAUCAAACUGGACAACAUACUGCUAGAUAGUGAAGGUGAGGUAAAAAUCUGCGAUUUUGGGGUCAGCAAAAUUGUCAAAAAAGGAGAAAUUAUGACUGAGCAAUGUGGAACUCCGGCUUACAUAGCGCCUGAAAUACUGAGAGAUAAAGGAUAUGAAGGCUUUUCUGUUGACAUAUGGUCUGCUGGUGUAGUUCUUUACGCAAUGCUUUAUGGCACUGUACCAUUCAAGGCAAAUAACAUGAGUGAGCUGUAAAAACUCAUCAUCAAAGCUAAUUACACGCUAAAGGAUGACAUAUCAGAGGAGGCAAGAUCACUUCUAACAGGAUUGCUUGAAAAAGAUCCUCAUAAGAGAUUGACUAUAGAGGAAAUACUUCAACACUAAUGGCUAUUAGAUGCAAGUGAAAAGAUUCAGCUGUUUACCUAGCAGGAAAAAGAUUAUAUUAAGAAUGAAUUUACCUAUAAUGAUACUGAUAGAUUCAAUCGCAAUGAAACUGACCCCUUCACUGAGCACAUGCUAGAUUCUACUAAUAACUCAAUGUUAAAGAAUCAGACUAGUAAGAGUGUGAUACUGGCACCUUUCAAUUCAACCAAGAGCGAUUUAAGAGAUGAUACUCCAGCCCUAACUGAAUCAAUGAAAGCUUUACUUUAGAGCAAGAGAUGCAUGAAGUUUGCACCUAGAGUCAGAGACAUUGAUAAGUAGUAUGAAAUCAACAAUAAUGCAGAACUAGACAAUGGAGUGUAUCAUAAACUAGAAGAAGAAGAAGAGGUUCAGCCAGUCGAAAAUGACCAGAAGAGCAAGGAGGAGUUGAAGAUUAAUAAAAAGAAAUUAAAAGAACUAAAUGGAGGGAUUGACAGCUUGCAGAGUAGUUUUAACAAGGAAUCCAGUUUGAGGUCAGAUGACGAGGAGGAAAAUAUCAAAAUUCAUAAAAAUAAAAAGUCAUCAGCUGGUAAAGAAAAAUAGACUGAACUUCAAAAGCUUGAAAGCCUUAUUUAUUAAUAGGAGGAUGAUAUAGAUAACCCCUACUAGGAGAUAUUAAAUGAUAACAAUAAAAAUAAUCACAAUGACCAGAUUCUGAUUCGUGAUGAGCAGUAGCAGCAGUUUGAUAUAAGUAUUGAAGAUAGAACUCCAAGGAUUGACAAUAGGAUAGAAAAUAGUGCUUCCAGAGUCUCACAUAGUGCGGGUGGCCAUCACAACAAUCACUAUGGCUUGCAAACAGCCUAGACACUUAUUAUAGAUGAGCAUAUUAUAGGUUCAGUCGAACUUAUGGGUUACUCCAGAGAAUAUAUUAUAAAAUGCCUCAACAACAAUGAGCUAAAUUAUGCUUCCGCUGGAUACUAUUUGCUUCAAAAUCAGCAUUCGCUAAGCUUUGGAGACCCACUAGCAAAAAUCAGCUCCACUAAAUAACUUAGCAUCUUUAGAUGA